AUGAGACUGCGGUCGAACCACGUUCUUCCGCCAAUCUCGGAGUACGUCCCACGCCGCCGGCGCACGACGCGGAGUGCGUCGGCGGCUGGGACGGACGCGGCAUCCGAGACAGCCACCACUGUGCCAGAGGCACAGUCCGCUGGAAAGAGGCCCGCUCCAAAGCGGAAGCCAGCUAAGAAAGCUGGCCGCAAGAAGAAGGCUGCCGCCGCUCCCAAAUCGGAGCCUGAUGCCGCCGAAGCCGCCGGGGUUCAGGAAGACCCCGUUACACUCAUUCCGUCGGUGGAGCAACCAGACACCCGUACGUUGCCCCCCAAGCUCCCCCAAGACCCCCCGGCCCCCCCGCGCAUGUUCAGAAGACGAAUCAUUACGGCCUUCAUAUGGGGAAGUGCCAGCGAACUCCUGAAAAGGGAGCCUGAGCCAACUCCUUCUCCUCCGCAAACCCCCGUCACUCACUAUGCCUGGCCGCCUGGAAGAGUCUAUGAUAAGCUUCGUCGAAUCCCCUGGUCACUCCCCUGGUCCCCGCCAGCUCCCUGGAAAGGCUGGCCUCGCAGACUCCCUAUGUUUAAUACCCCGGAUGAAUCCCUACUGAUCCCCACGGAAGAGCCCAGCAGGAAACGGAACCGAUCGUCCGAAGUCGAUCCUUCGCCGUCGAAACGUCACAAGUUGACACUUCAAACUCCACCCGCCUUCGAAAACCGACCUCGUGGCGGCUCUCGCAGAACGUAUGCGGAUCGCGCGCGACGACGCGAAGCUGAAAGGAAUGGACGAAUCGAUAGCACCAUUUACCGUGUCCCCGAGCUUUUGGCUCAGCAGGGCGAAGAUGCGAGAUCUGGCAAUUCGACCCCUCUGGCCUCUCACGCAAAUGAAGAGACCGUGCCCCGUGGUAAUCGCAUUGCUCCACUCUCUUCAUUGCCUUCCGCACUUCCACCAAAUGAGAAUCAGAAUCAAAACCGGACUGGUUGGGGACAAUGGUUCUUCAACUCAGUGACUGGUCUUUGGAGACGAGGCAAUGUGCCCCAAACUGCAGAGGUCCCACAAGUAGCUGAACCUCAACGUCCAAUGGGAAAUGAAUCUUCUGCUUCCGUCACAACACCCUCCUCGGCUCCCCCUUCCUCUUCCGUUAUGCCACCAAGAAAUUUCCAAUCUCCCACCCCCCGCCCACGUGCUACAGGGCAAAACUCGCGUCUGACAGCCAGUGCACGUGCUCCACGGGUUGGCCAAAGAAGGAAAUAUGACUAUGAUCUGUACCCACGAGGUUUCGACCAAGCACUGCUUGAGCGCAUGCGUGUCGGGGAGUCGGAUAUUGCGGGCCUCGACGUUCCAAAUUCAGAAGAAGAACUUCGUGCGAUCUGCGAGAGAGAAUCGAAGAAGCGCAAGCGAGAACCCUCACCAGAUGUCAUUCCCCACCCUCCAGGAUGUAGUUAUGGGUUUGACCCAGCUUACUUCGAGAUCACAGAGGACGAUUUGAACUUGCCCACAGGAAAGCAGGGUCCCCAAGAUACUAUGGCCGAACAAGUUAUACCCGGUGAUGCACCAGAAGAGGAGGAUGUCUCCGAGCCUGUCCGUGGAGAUACCACGACCAAACGACCUGCACCCAGCGAUGCACCGGAAGAGAAGCAUGUCUCCAAACGUGUUCGCUCUGACAAUACCCGCCUGGAAAACUUCAAUGACCAGGGCGCAUCUCAGCCCAUCGAAGAUCUCGGCGACGAACUCCGCAAGGCCCGUCAGCACGCAGAGCAGUACAAGCCGAAGACCCCCAGUCGUCUUCGAGCGGCCCAUCGCUUCUCGGGCACCUAUGACUCUUUGAUUGAUGAGGACGUCCUCCGUCGCCGCAAGAUGAGAAAAACCUCCCUAGCCACAGCAUGCCCUACCGGUGACCUGAGCCAAACCAUCUGGCCAGAGACUGAAACUUGGAUUGAGUGCUUGAAUUUCAGCGAUCCUAAGCUUCCCAAGUAUCUACCGCGCGCACGGCCCUUGACUUUCGGCGGCCGAUACCCCAACAAUCUGGCAUACAUUGACGAGCAACAUGGGGUCUUCACGGGCCGGCUCGCUGGUUGGCGGGACGCUGAGUAG